AUGGUUCUCCUGAGUUCCUUGGCCGUCGUUGCCACUGUAGCAAGUCUCGCUACAUGCCAGAACACUAGCACUAUCGACCCAAGCACUGUUUUAGAUUCGACGAGAAAGCAAUGGUGCGAAUCGCAAACCUCAGCUUGUCCUCUCAUCUGUCUGCAACUGCCAGGGGCUUCGGGCAGCCCCAAGGAGAACAAAUGCGACUUCGUAAGUUAUAGGUAUAAUUUAUUGCGAUCUAAGAGACGCUCUAAUGUGCUUGCUCUCGAUUUAAAACAGAAAUCCCUUGUAUACUCGUGUAUCUGCAGCAACAACCAGUCUCCCAACGCAUCUGAAUACUCCCAGACAAUCCCCUACUUUGAGUGCACAGAGAAAAACAACCAAUGCGUUAAAAACUGCGACGGUGAACAACAGUGCCACACCGCUCAAGCGACCACUUCGCUGCCUCCUUUCACUGGCGUCCCUGACAAGAAUGGGGUCGCCUCCAGGCCAUCGGCAGAUCUGAAUCAUAUCUACGGUCUAGCCGUUGUGAUGGCUGGAUUCUUUGCCGGAUUUGCGACCCUGCUCUGA